GUUUGGCUGCCGCCAGCGGGUCCAGCAGUGUUAGGUACACGGGAUUGGAUAUAAUCACUAAACAAGCCUUCCUCCAGGCCAACAAACGUUGAUAUCUCGAGGAAAAUUCGUUCUCAGUUUCCACUUCGCUUGCACAAUGAGUACCGUCACACCCAAAUCGUUAGCAUCGUCGGGUCAAAAGCCUAUUCAAGAGAUUUGCCACCCGCUCGGAGCCGAGGAGGCAGCGUCAGCCGGAGUCCUCACACCCAGUCCAGAUGUCGGAAACACCACAAGCAGCAUCGGGGAGAAGGACUUGAGUCUGCCCAAUGGGACGCCUGUGGAGACGUCUAGUCCCGCCUCCUCGUCCUCCCUCCUAAACCGCCUGCAGCUGGAUGAUGACCUGGACGGGGAAACCCGUGACCUCUUUGUAACUGUUGACGACCCCAGGAAACACGUUUCCACCAUGGAAACAUACAUCACCUACAGGGUGGCAACUAAGACCACGCGGGUGGAGUUCGAUCUACCGGAGUACUCCGUAAGACGGCGCUACCAGGACUUCGACUGGCUCAGGUCCAGACUGGAGGACAGCCAGCCGACACAUCUCAUCCCCCCCCUCCCAGAGAAGUUUGUGAUGAAGGGUGUGGUGGACCGCUUCUCUGAAGAGUUUGUGGAGACGAGGAGGAAGGCUCUGGAUAAGUUCCUGAAGAGAGUGGCCGAUCACCCAGUGCUUUCCUUCAACGAGCAUUUAAAUGCCUUUCUCUCUGCCAAGGACCUGAACAAGAGACAAGGUCUGGCUCUACUCACUAAGAUGGGGGAGUCUGUGAAGUACGUGACCGGAGGUUACAAACUGAGGGCCAGACCCAUGGAGUUUGCUGCUAUGGGAGACUACCUGGAUAUGUUCACUCAGAAGCUAGGAACUAUCGACAGGAUAGCACAGAGGAUUAUUAAAGAACAGUCAGAGUACCUGGUGGAACUGCGUGAGUACGCUCCAGUCUACACCACCUGGGCGGCUUCGGAGGCGGCGCUACAGGAGCCUCUGGAGGGCGUAGCCGGCUGCCUGGCAAGCUGCUCCGGUGCCCUGGACGAACUCACUGAGGACAUGAGCGAGGACUUCCUCCCCGUCCUCAGAGAAUACGUUCUCUACGUCGAGUCCAUGAAGUCGGUUCUAAAGAAGAGAGACAACGUCCAGGCAGAAUACGAGGCCAAACUGGAAGCUGUUGCCUUCAGAAAAGAAGAGAGAACGACUGCAGCAGCCGUGCCUACAGAUGUGGAGAAGUGCCAGGAUAGAGUGGAGUGUUUCAACGCUGAUCUGAAAGCAGACUGGGACCGCUGGCAGAACAACAAAAGACAAGACUUCAGACAGCUUCUCACUGGCAUGGCCGACCACAACAUUCAUUACUACGAGAAGUGCCUUGCAGCCUGGGAGUCCGUUAUGCCACUACUACAGGACCCACAGUCACCGGAGGCCAGGAGCGAUUCAGAGAAAGACUGAGAUUAGGUGUCUGGACGACGCUUGGCCGAGGACGUUACAUCGCCAACAUUCCUCACAUGAGAUACCAGUGUUACAUACAGACACAUCCUGAAAGGGGCUCAGCCAAGGAAACUGGCUUUUAGGGCCAGAUACCGAAGUCUUAGUUGUUUUGGUGUUCCUGUUUUUGAAACGCAUCCUCCCAUCCUGGCUAUGAAGGCGGAGACAUGGGGCCGUGUGGACAGAAGGGUGUGUUCUGUUCCUCGUUGCACAGCACCUCGUCGCACGAACUAACAACCAAACGGACCGAAACUGGGAGGAAAGGGCGACCUGAAGCUUCAGCUGCUAAAUGCUUUACUGUAGAGAUCCCACGACCUGUCUGGCCAAGAAGCUUUCUGUCACACCCACCAGCCCAAGGAUCACUGAAUGGAGCCAGCUGACGUCUCUGGAAAACUAACAUGUAUAGCUUUUCAUCUGUUUGGAGUUUUCUAAUCUGUUGAAUGAUUGGUUGCCAAUGUGCUUUUUGUAAACAAUGCAGAUCUUUGAUGGAAUUUGAUUCCGAAGUGUAAUGGACUUUUGGAGCAGCCUGGAGAGCACAGCAGCAGCGUCCGUUCAAGGUCACAACUAAUAGAACAGCAGUCCUCUGGCCAAAGAUAUAAGGGACUGUACAAUGUGUGAACUGAGGCUUUCUCAUGGAUAUGUUCCUGGGGGAUUCUGUCAAAAGUUGUGCGCUAUCCAAUAAAGUAAGAAAAGGUAUAAUUUGGGAUUAAUAGUAUUAUAGGGACAGGUGGUCAGAGACAGGUUAAAUUCAUGAGGUUUUGGUUUGUUUUCUGAGCUCUCGGCUGUAUACAGUUACUGUGGAAGUCUGUUUCACAUUACUGCGUCUGCAGGGCUAUGUUACGAUGCAAUGUUGUGGCUCAUUAUCUCUGUGCUCGUCAGGAGGAAUACAUCCCAAAGGGCUCCCCGUUCCCAACCUAGUGCCCCUGUCAAAGGUAGUGCCCCAGGCCUAUAAAGAGUGCCAUUUGGGAUGCUAGCAUUGCUUCCUAUGAACGUGACUCAUUGUCUCUCUCCUGUGGGCCAAAUGCCAGCCUAUUCCCUUGAUAGUGCACUACUUUUGAUCAGGGCUGAUGGGAGAUUUAUAUUGGGAAAAGGGCACCUUUUGGCUGCUGACAUACUGUUUCCUUGUAAUUUUGUUUUAUCUAACCAUGGAAGUUCUGUAAGUUACUCCUAACAAGGAUUUAAGAUUCACUUUCAGACUGGAAGAAAGAUGGUUAUACAUGAAUAUUUGUGUUCUGAAACCUGCACUAAAGAAAACUAAUUGCAUAAUUUUGCUUCUGGAGAAGUUGACUUCGAAAAGCAACUGACUAUGAAAAUUGCAGCCUUGCUGCCCUCUAGUGGUGGCUGAAGAGAAGUGGGACAGGAUAGUCAGCACACCACUGUUUUCCACACAUUUAAUACUAUUGUAUUAGGGCUUCAGAUGGGAGCUGCCACUGUAUUUUUCAUUUUGUUUGAUAUCAAUAAGGGGAUGUGAUUCAAGUGACCAUUCACAGGUUGACAUUUUUUUAAAAAUAUUUGUUAAAAGCCUUUAACACUUUGUCUGACCAAAUUUUAGUUCAAAUUGAUUAAAUGCAAACAUAUCACUGAGGAAUUGUGUGGUCAGACGUCUGUAGCUGUAAAACAAAUUCACUAGGAACCAAACCCAUGCCACCGGAACAAAACAGGGAUCCUCUUGUUUUCAUAGCAAAUAUCCAUUGCAAAAUGUUUUGCUACAAAGUGCUCGUAUGACCAGACCCCUACAGUGUCACCCAGCACCUGUGCCCUCACAGCCUCUGAGCGCCUUCCCUUUUACCAGUGGUGGGGGGGGUUUCUUCAUCAGGCAAUUUGAAAGACUCUUGUAUUUUAUUGUUUUGUACACGUGAAUUAAUGAAGCUGAAAAGAUGAAGGAACCGCCAAAGCUGGUAAUUCUAAAAAGAACUCACUUUGUGAAGCAGUUUGUAUAGAACGAGUGUGUCAAAUCUGUCUGUGCUGCCUGUUUUGCUCCAAGUGGCUUUGCUGCCUGUUUCACUCCACCUGAUUUAUAAUCAGAUCCAAAAGCACUCUUGUGCCCAGCGUGUCCAUAGUAACAGUCUUUAAUUAAUGUCCAGGCUGUCAGGGGUGGAGCUGAGGCCAAAAAGUGUGUUCUUCUGUUCUAAUCAGGAUCUCCCUUAAUCUGAAGUGUGUUCUAAUGAGCGCACAGAGAGGCUGGAUCUUUCUCCUUAAGUAACAGUUAUGAUUUGGUUGUUUUGCCGUGACCGGCUGUUCUGUCUGUGUAUAUAUCUCGGUGAGUGCCCUAUGGACUUGUUGGGGACACCAUGUAGGUGUGUCUGGGGAAAUUGUGUCACGAAUUUCACCGAAUUCUCUCUGUAGUGCACUACUUUUGACCCUUGAGAGUAGGGUGUAAUUUGGGACAGCGGCUUACUUUUCUAUUUCCAAACCCAAAUGUUUCUAAACCAAAGGCUGCCUGUCUCUCUCCGGUUCUCCCUCUCUGUCUCUCCUUUUUUUUAGUGUGGGUUGUUUGCUAUUGAAUCAUAUGUACAUGUUGAUGUUGAGAUAACACUUUGAAUACUAGUGUGUUUGUGGAUGUUGUCUUUACCUCAGAUGAUUUUAGAUAUUGGACCAAUUAAAAGGAAUGUAUUUAAUCUGUACAUUAGAUUUAUUCAAAAAAAUAUAUCAUACAAUAAAGAACACCAUAAUGCUGUACAAAAUUA